GCGUUGGUUUCGUGUACAGUGCUUCAUCCUGUGGGCUGUAUAGGGACAGCCUGAUUAUCGGCAAAUACUAGAGGAUUGCACGAUCCAUAUAGGAGGUGCUCUCAUACCACGGAUAAGGCAUAGAUUGCACUCGCUGCUCGAUCGUAUUCCCUGACUCAUCAGAAUACUGACUCGGCGGAACCUGUUUAUUCAGAGAUUAGAGCGUCGGAUUCUGUACUCUCCUCUUACCGUCAUGACCACCUCGGAGGAGACGCCGCUCCUUCAUGAAGAAAAUGCAGCGCAUGAGCGCGACGACUACGAUGCCGUGCAGAAGCACAAUGAAGUUUAUGAACGGUUUUCUCCUGCUGCUAAGCGGCUGUUCGUGGGCAUGACCGCGUUCACGGCGCUGAUGGCUUUAUUCGUGUCGGGGACCUUCAUUCCUUCGAUUCCACAGAUCGCGAACGACCUGAACACGACGCCUGACGUCGUCAGCAACGCCGUCAGCAUCUCAAUGUUCACGGUCGCCCUUGGCUCGAUGACCUUCUCGUCGUACUCGACCUGGUACGGCCGCCGCCCCAUAUACCUCAUCGGUCUCCCCCUCCUUGUCGUGGGGUCCUUCGGCGUCGCCCGCUCGCGCUCCGUCCCCGAGCUCUUUGGCUGGCGGAUCAUGCAGGCGUUCGGCGCCUCGCCCGGUUUCUCGGUCGGCUCGGGUGUCAUCGGCGACAUCUACAAGCUCGAGGAGCGCGGGUUCGCGAUGGGCGUGUUCACCGGAGCGGCGCUCAUCGGCCCGGCGUUGGCACCUGUUGCGGGAGGAUGGGCUGCUCAUUACUCGUCCUGGCGGCACAUGCAGGAGGCGAUUGGCGUCGCGGCCUUUGCCACCUUCAUCUUCGUCUACUUCUACCUUUCGGAAACCAAGCAUCCCCAGACGAAGGAGAUCGAAAAGGAAAGGCUACGCGCGCAAGGGGCAGGGCGCAAGCCCCCCAGCUUCGUCUUCUUGAACCCGGUCGGACCUAUGAAGCUCCUUGCGAGCCCCCCGAUGCUGCUCUCGACGAUAGCAGGAUAUACGGCUCUGAUCUCGGACUUUGUGCUGCUUAUACCUAUCGCCUACACGAUCGGCAAGCGCUACCACUUGGGUGGCAACGAAUUCUUGAUUGGGCUGUGCUUCAUACCGAUGGGCAUGGGAAACUUCAUCGGCGCCCCGCUGGCUGGCAAGUUCUCCGACCGCAUGGUUAUCAAGUGGCGGGAGCGCCGCAAUGGCGUCUGGUAUCCCGAGGACCGCCUGCGCGCAACGACCCCCGGCCUAGGAUACCUUAUUCCGCUCACGCUCAUCGCGAGUGGCUUGACGACACAGUAUAUCCCCGGCCCGCUUGGUCUGACGCUGAACCUGAUCUGGUUCUUCUUCAACGGGAUUGGGAUCGACGUCGUCCUCUCGCCCGUCGGCUCGUACUGCGUCGACAUCAUGCACGAGCAUAGCGCUGAGGCCGUGUCCGCGAAUCAGGGCUUCCGCGCCCUCAUGUGCGCGCUGACGAUCCCGGCCAUCUUCCCCCUCAUCAAUAGCAUCGGGCUCAUUCCCGUGUACGCUAUUUUCGCUGGCGUCGCCUGGAUAGGAUAUGUCUUGAUCAUCUGGCUUAUCCGCGAUGGGGACCGGCUGCGCUCGCUUGGUGGAUUCAAGUAUUCUGAUGCGACGAGUACUUGAUUAGACGGGGGAUUGGGGCGUAGUUGAAGGGAUUAGGAAUUGAUCAAGUGGAUGUCAUUUUCGUUGCGACCUCGAAUAGAGGGCGCAACGGACUUGAUUGCCACAUUGAUUCUGGAUCCCCUUUGACUGACGGAAUGCCGGAUCGUCAAGAGCCCUACACAGAAAUUUCGCCUAUUUUGCUUGACGAGGAAUGAUGACAACCUCAGCUGAAUGUGCUGUCCUCGUGUCGGCAGCCAGCUCGCUCACGAUGACGGUAACAAGCUUGGACCUCCAAACACAA